CGGAGUUAGAGCGACACCUCCUGGUUGUUCGCAUCGAGGCAUCUGACGUAUCCUCAUAUGGAUGAAUUGAUUGGUGCAGCGAAUAACGUCACAGAACACGAGACAAACAUGGAGGGAAAGACUCCGGACGCGUCCUCAACUGCGCCAAAACUUCUUACACCUGCUCAGAAACAGCUCCUUAAAAGACAGCAGGAACUGGAAUACUGGAAGAGGCACUCAAAACAACUGCGGAGCCGUAAUUUGAUCACGGGCCUGACCAUCGGAGCCUUUGUGGUGGGCCUAUUCAGCUACACCAUUCUCUCAGUCAGGCAGGAGAAAAUCAUGGAAGAGAUUGAUGAUGAGGCAAAGAUAUUUGUCAUGAAAGGGCCUCGGACAGGGGCCAACUCUUAGAUGCUCCUCUGUCUCAGUGAUGCCAACUUUGCAAUGUUGGCAGGACAGUUAACAUUUGUCUUGAUGUGUGAGA